CACAAGGGUCCUAGUUUCAGCCUGGAGCCAAUCUUCUGAGCUGCCUGGUUGUCUGAGAGACUGGUGGGGCAGCCUGGUCAUGAGCCUAUUUGCAUGAGACGGAGGACUCUCCUGCAGGAGACGUCAUCAUUGCAAGGGCUGAGGGAGCUUGUUCAAGCUCGACCAAUGAGAAAGGCUGGGGCACUGGAGGAGAACCGAGAUCAGAGCCUAGAGCAGUGUCUACGGUAGGCUUCUUCCCAGCUGCCUGUGGGCACACAUCAAGUCACACAGCAGGAGGGAGCUAUGAACACCAAGUUCCAGAAAAUGCAGCAAGGUCCUCCUUUGACAUCCCAUCAAAGAGGUGAGUAGUAUCCUCCCUGCUUUUGCCCUAAACCAAAGGGGCAUCAGGAACUUGAUGGCUCCAGUAGAUCCAGCACCUGCCCGGGCCCCUUGGGGCUGCUCUGCAGGAGUAGGAACACCCCACUGCCAGCAGUGGAGACAGCACCAGCAGCCUGAGACAACCCCCUUGCCACAGACAUCUAAGUGCUGGCCAGCAGGGUCCUCAAGGGGCCACCAGGAAGAGAGCAGGGCUGUUAGCUGACCUGGCCGCAGUGAGCUGGAGCAGGUGAGGAGGAAGCUGGUAAAUGCCACAUGGUGGCAGACAGGAGUCACUCAGGCAGGCCCCGUGCACUGCACCUGGAGACUCCGGAGGAGAUUAACGGCACGAGACUGCGGGGCAGGCGGGCGUUUCCGUAACUGAUGGACCACACCUGGGCCGGGAAAGGAACGUGCUUGGGGGCGGCUCCGAGUCUUAUCUCCUGUGUAACCCCAGGCUAAGGGGCUGUCCCGCUCUGAGGAAACUCAGGUCAGAACCUCUUAGGUUUUCACAAAUAUGAAUAAAGUGGAAAACUAAAUCUUAGCCUGUACAUCUGUGAAUUCUUUUUUGUAAAUUACAAUCAGCCCUCGCUUCUCCACCCCUCCCCCAACCCUUAUAAAACUUUGUAGAUGACUUCAGCAUUACUUUCCUUCUACACAUGCCAAAAUGCUGAGUCACAAAAAAAAAAAAAGGAAAAGAAAGUAGAAGAGUGAUCCUGCUUCUUAGGCUCCUUGGUCAUGAGCUAAGCAGCACUUUUCGUGGUGAUUGCUGUGAUGCUAAAGGACGUCACGUCAGUUGCGAAAUCUUAAUAAGGUUUCCAAUCAGCCCCACCCACCACCCUGGCCCACCUCCUCCCUCCAACACGACUUAUCAAAUGUGGGAUUUUCCCAUGAGUCUCAAUAUUAGAGUCUCAACCCCCAAUAAAUAUGAGACUGAGGAUGUCUGAGGCUCAUUCUGUCCUCGAGCCCACCAGGAAGAAAAGAGAGCUCCAUCUCCCUCCAGGAACCCAGCUAUGAACGCCCUCUGCACAAACACCUUCAGCCAGCUGGCCUUCUCCCUGGGGCUGCUCCUGGUGAUAGCUACUGCUUUCCCUACCCCCGUUCCCCUGGGAGAAGAUUCCAAAGAGGAGACCACCUCAAAGAGAUCACCACUCACCUUUCCAGAGCAAACUGAAAAACUUAUUAAGACCAUCAUGCUCGAAAUCUCUAAAGUGAAAGACAAGAUGUGUGACAACCAUGAGGCAUGCAAAAACAGCAAGGAGGCACUGACAGAAAACAACCUGAACCUUCCGAAACUGACAAGCGCAGAUGGAUGCUUCCAAUCUGGAUUCAAUCAGAAAACUUGCUUGAUGAGACUCACCGCCGGUCUUGCAGAGUUUCAGGUAUACCUGCAGUACCUCCGGAGCACGUUUGAGGACAAUGCUAAGGCUAUGCAGAUGAGAAUCAAAGCCCUGGUCAAUAUCCUGAGGCACAAGAAUCCAGAUGGAGAAGCCAUCCCUGAGCCCACCACAGACGCCGGCCUGCUGGAGCAGAUGCAGUCGCAGAACGAGUGGCGGAAGACCACGACCAUCCGCCUCAUCCUGCGGAGCCUCGAGGACUUCCUGCAGUUCACCCAGAGGGCUGUCCGGAUAAUGUAGCCGGCACGUGAGGGGGCUGUACUUCAUGGACACUCCCUCCUCUGUUCAAAAAACUGUCCAAUGGGCACAUAACUGAUGUUGUUCUCUAUGAAGAACUAAAAAUAUGAACAUUAGGACACUAUUUUAUUACUUUUAAUUUAUUGCUAUUUAAGUAUGGGAUAUUGAGUUAAUUUAUAUAAGUGAUAUUUAUAUUUUUAUAAAAUGCCACUUGAAAUAUUUUAUGUGUUAGUUUUGAAAAAAAUAACAUAAAAUCGUUAUACAGUUUGAAUACCCUCAUUUCAGAGCCAGAUCAUUUCUUGAAAUGUGUAGGCUUACCUCAAAUUGCUAAUUUAUACAUGGUUUUUUAAAAAAUAUUUAUAAUGUAUUUAUAUAAUGUUUAAAUUGUUUUUA